AUGCUGCAGAACGGCAUCCGUAAACAGAAUGAACAGACAUUGAUAGAACUCAGCGCUAAUAAGUUGAAUGUUGUUGCAAAUGGAUUGGCAGAUAUCAUAGAGUCACUUACAAAGAGAAGAGAGUCCACAAGUGUUGGCGGCGGCGGUAGUGGCAGUGGAAGUGGAAGUGGUGGAAUUGGCAGCGGUAGCAGUGGCAACAGCGGCAACAACAACAGAGACACAGACUCACGUGACAAUGGCGAUCACAACUCAUGGGCAUUGGCCUAUACAUUCUCAUUGCUCGCUAGAUGCAUGGAACAUCAGUGGCUACAUAUUAAACGACAAUACAAAGAGAUGAUGAGCCGUAUCACAGAUGAGAAGGAGAUCAUGAGGAUGAAGGAGAAGGAGGAGCAGAUUCUACCUCCACCCUUGCAAGACUCAAUGGCACAACGUAUAUUGAACUUGUCGAUGGGUUGCCUGAUACGCGCCGUAUCGGCCAAUGACUCAGAGACACACUUGUCAUCUGGCCAAGUGAUCUACCAGCUGUCCGCCACCAACUAUGAUAUAGUACAGACGAGGAUUAUUGAAACACUCAACUUGGUCAUCAACAUGGGAAGCAGCAGUAGCAACAGCAACAGCAUCAGCAGUAGCUUGGGAGGUGGCAACAGCGGCAACAGCCUAAACAGUGUGGCCGGUGUCAACCCCAAUGACGAGCAGUUCUCCAACUACUUCCUACUCCUGGAACACACCAACUUGAACGCGCGCAUGCUUGCCGAGCUACUGGAGAAGAUCCUCAAGUCGGCCGGCUCGUUCAGGCGCGAGAAACAACAGUUCACUCUGGCCCAGGUACUGUGCAAGGCGAUCUGGAACUGGAUCGAUCACCACCCCAUGGAGUUUGUAUCCAUGUCACAGAAGGGCGAGCGGCUGUCGGUCGCUCCCGACCUUUUGUUUGACAUUGUCGACGGAUGGGCCAAGAAGAAGGUACACAAGGUCAACCUGUGGCCGCUCAUGACCACUCUGCUGCUGUUGUGCCCGGAUGUGAUGAUCAAGCUGCAUCGCAACGAGAAGGCUGGCAGUGCGGGUGGCGGUGACCUGGCGGUCAAACGCCGAUUCCUGGACAGUCUGAAGAAGUACACCAAGCAGCCCAAGCUGGCGGAUGUCGUCUCGGUGUGCUACGUGUACAUCUAUCGUGCGUCUGUCUACGUGUCAGACUCUGACCUGUCGGCGGUCAAGCCACUCUCCUCGCUAAUCGAGGCCGACAUCAAGGAGCGCUUCACUCAGCGCCCACCCGAGACACCUGCCGAGGUCGACCUGAUGGCCGACUUCCUCGUGGCGCUCAUCAAGACAUCGUCGCGCAAACUGCGCGGCAUCCUGCCCGACCUAAUGAACAAUGAGAUCUCAAUCCAAUACCGACUGGUGUUGCUCAAGAGUUUGUUGCGUCUGCGUCACGACGAGGAUAGCAGUGCGCGCCUACCAUGGUGCGCCACUCUCACAGAGGUCUAUCCCAUUGUCUCGAUGCAGCUCAAGCAGAUGUUCAAUGAAUGUCUCCAAUCAAUCAGGACAGCCUCAAGCAACGACAAGAAGAAGCAACAGGAGCGACUUGUAUUUGAUAUCCAGCUAAUCACACUCAUCAUCAACCUCUUCCAGGUCGAUCCUACAUUCUCCUUGAUUCCCAUGAAAUCACCCGCCCAGGACUUGGAAGACAUUAGGAUGAUCUUGGUAGGCCUGUGCCAGAUCGCAGCGUCGCAGACACUGUCACAGGAGUUGGUCGAUUUGGCCUCGGCCACAUUGCUCAAGCUGCACGAACCAACAUACGUCGAGUCAUGGUAUGAGAAGAAGAUGAUCAAUGGCUUUUGGGAGAUCAGCUCAGCAGUGAACGUGUCGCUGGCAAACUCACUGAUCGACAAUCGCGAUCAAUCACUUGAGCACACACAGCGCAUGCUCAUACUGCUGCAGGAGGUGCUGGCUCGCCGCAAUGAGUUCCUGUUCAAGUCGCGUGACAGUCUGCUGCCGCACAACUCUGUGCGUGACACCCGCCAACAGGGCACCACCAAGCUGGAGUUUGCCCUUCUCAUCCACCUGUGCUCUAGCGAGAGCGACAUCUGCUCCCGCGUUGCACACUGUUUCGGCCUGCUGUGCGAGGAGAUCGAAAUCCUGGGCGAGAGCUCAGACGACAGCAAUGGCAUCCUGGCCAACAUGGCCAUAUACAAGAAGAUGGCGACAUCUUGCUCGGCUCACACAGGAAAACAGCAGCAGCAAAAGGUUAUCCGCUCACUGCUACGUCGCAUCCACAAGCUUACCACCGGUAACUUUGCUGCUUGGGAGGAAGUAUUUGCACGAUGGACUCUGCUGGCACCGCUGAUCAUGGCUUCCAACGGCACGGAGGACUCGAAUGACAGGUCCAAACGACCAAUCAGUGUGAUUCGCCAAGAGUGGAAGAACAUGCUGGGAUUCCUCUGCAGUCUGGGCAACAUCACGCUCAACAAAGAGACACAUGCUGUGGCACCCACAUCCAGCUCAUCUACUGGUACGCUCAACGCAGCCAUCGGUAACUUCACGACUAGGAUCAGACUGAGUCGCAAGAUCACCUCGUCAACAGUCGUGUCGGCUAAUGUGGAUCGCGUCAAAGUUAUCAGCAUGCUCAUGGACGAAGUCAUCGAACACAUGACAAGCGACAACAUGUUCAUGCGCGAGACAUCCAUCCUCCUGGUCGGCACAUCCCUGGCGCCCGCAUGCCAGUCGUGGCUCACCAAGUAUCUGAUGAGCGAGCUACAAGUAUGUUCGUCAAGCGAGCCCGCAGCCGACCCAAGCAACGACAGAUGCGUGCUCUUUGUCGACCAGACCAUCAAUCUCCUCAAGAACCUAAUUGACAAAGCACAGCAGCCCGAGGAUCUGGACGCGGCCACCACGCCUGCUCUCGAGAGCAUGAUGUUGUUCAUCAUCAAGUAUGUUGGUCACUUGCUACUCAACGCCACCAGCUUGCGAAUGAAGAAGAACUUCUGCUCGCUCCUGGACAUCAUUGCGCAGCGACCCACCGUCAUCAACCUCUCUGUGGACUUCCGCAAGUCUGUCCUUGAGUCUAUCAUUGAGUGGACCACAGUAUUCAAUGCCAUCAUACCAGGACAUCCUGGUCAAGGACAUGGCGCGGACACUCAUGCACGUGUGGAAGGUGGUAGUGGCAACAGCAGUGGUGGUAGUGGACAAUCAAACAUACGUGAGAGUGUUAGCGAGCAGAAAGGAGCAGCAGGAGAAUGGAUGGCUGAGGCCAAGCUCAUCAAGGACGUUGACAUCUCAUGCAUCACCUCAAUGGCUUCACUCCUCUCUGGCCUAGUAUUCCCAGCCAACGACUCAAGUGGAUCAAACCCCUUCAAGAAGUACUUCAACAUCUUCUCCACACUGUUGAGCAAGUGCAAGCAAGAUGGCAAUGAGAUGAGCAAACAGAUCGCUGAUGGUGCCAUUCAAUGUUUGAACAAUAUGUUGAGUAGUAACGUGAGGCAGGAGUACUUUAUCAACAUGGGCUAUCAUGAGGACCCAGAGACAAGGGCUUCGUUCAUUCAAAUGAUUGCCAACAUUCUCAAUCAAAGUACUCCUCCUCCACAACAGCCUGCUUCUGCCACCUCCACCUCAUCAUCAUCAAGUCCUACACAAACUAAAAACCAGACGACUCAGCCAUCGCCACCACAACAGACCACCUUCAAGACGGCUGUUGCAUCGGGUAGCCAGCCAUCGAUGGCAAGAGCAAGUGGCACACCUCAACUUGCAGCGCAGACCUCAUUCAAGAUGAACAACAACAAAACAACCGAGCAGCUCAAGUACCAGCAGUUCUACGACUACCUUUUGGAGCCAGAGUAUCAGGGUAUUGUGGCGCUGGCUCAGGCCAGCGAGUCGGACGAAGUAGCCCGUAUCCUGGUCCACUUCUACGACGCCAACGAUCGUUCCAUCAGCAUCCUCAAGAAGAUGAUACACUACGAGGUGUCCACAACCAAACAACCAAACGCCGCCACCAUGCUCCGCGGCAACACACUUACAAGCAAGAUGAUUGCCUCGUACAUCAAGCUAAUUGGACAACCCUACCUCAAGCAGGCUCUGUUCCCCGUGAUCAACAAGCUGCUCACGAACAAAGAGUCGAUGGAGAUUGAUCCCACCAAGCUUGGCCCAGGUGAGGAUAUCAAUUCCAAUGUCGCACGUCUAUCAAUCUUGGCGCGCCAAUUCAUCCGAUCGAUCAAUGACACGGUGGGCAGCGUUCCAUCGUCUGUCAAGGAGCUUGCCGCCUACAUCUCCAAGACAGUGCACGAGUUCUUCCCCGGUGCCGAGAAGCUCACAAUCAUCGGCAUCCUCUUCCUCAAGUACAUCUGUCCGGCCAUCAUCACACCGGAGAACUUUGGCAUCGUUUCGUCGGCCGCAGCGCUCAACAAGGAGAACAGACGUGCUCUUCUCCUCGUCACAAAGGUGCUCCAAAAGCUCGGCUCCAACGCCACAGGCAACAACAUUCGAGAGCCCUUCAUGAACAACUUCAACACGUUUGUGUCAGAAAAUGCCAAGUUGGUGGACCACGUAUUCGAGGCGCUGAUCGCCUUCUCGCCAGACCAAAAGGCUUCAACGACUAGUGAGCCGGCACGCCCUACAUGGGACACCAAGCAGGAGGACACAGUCCUGCUCCACAGCCACUUUGUCAACGGACUGGACAAGAUCACUAAGGCUCUGGAGGCCACAAACAAGGCUCAUGCACAACAGUUGCAGAGGAUCAUCACGAGUCUUGGCGCGCCAAGCUUGCCAGCGCCCACCCCAAUGAGCAAAAAGGUCGCCCUCCCCACGCCUACUGGUGGCGCGCCUGGCGGAGUCGCUGCGGCGGGUGGCUGGGAGCCUGGCUCAACAAACUACUUUGACUCAUUGCUGCGCAAGCAUGACAACAGCAACCUGGACUACUUAAAGCAGAAGAAAUUGUUCUACUGCCAGGGCACAACUAUCAAGGACAACUUGCCCGUGUUCUAUUACAUCGCUCGCAGGUUCGACCCGUCCAUCGACCAGGAGCACAUGUACUACAUGUUGCUCAAGACCAUCAAGGAGCACAGCAGCGCCACUACCACCGGCUACGUCAUCGUGGUGGAUUGCUCACUACUCACACAGAUCAACAUCAUCCCGCUGUCUUGGAUCUCGACGUGGAUUCGCCAUGUUCCCGCCUGGCUGACGGACAGCCUGCGACACGUUUUCAUUCUCAACCCCAGUCAUCUGGUCAAGUCGCACGCCAAGUCCAUCACCAAGAUCAUCGGCGCCAACUCCAAGACACACAAGUACACGGUGUUCUCGUCCAACCCUUCCAGCAUCUUUGAACACAUUCACGAAGCCAACAACGGCCUGCCUGACACUACACGCAACAGCGAGCUAAACACCAAGGCGUCGUUCUCCCCCGUCGUUCAGAAUAGUGGACAGUAUCGCGAGAAGAGCUACACGCUACGAUUGACUAACGACAGCAUCCAACUGGUCACAAUGAAGCUGUACUCUAUCAUGGGACGAUCAAGCGCGUUGAUUGACAACUACCACAUCAGCACCGUGCUCAAGGUCAGCACGGACAACGUGUCGGAGGCGAACGAGUUUGAGCUGAAGUUGCAGAACCCGCAGCAGACACUGGUGUUCAGGAGCGCGCAGCGUGCACAGAUCCUUCAGGCGAUCGCCCAAUGCACGGCUCGCUGGAACAUGACCAACCGCAUAGCCACUGUGCCGGCGAACCGCGUGCUCCCACAAGACAUCCCUGGCACGCUGCUUAACAUUGCCCUGCUCAACAUUGGCAGCAGCUUCAGCGCAUUGCGAUUGUCAUCCUACAACAUGCUAGGUGCACUGUCGCGCUACUCCAGUUUCGCCGAGGGCACUCGCAUCAUGGACACGUGCGGCCUGUUUGUUCCACGCAAUAGCAACCAACAGAUCGUUCAAAUAUCAGAGAGAGUCGCUCGUCUACAACCUGGCCUGGCGCUAGAGUUCCUGCUUGAGGCACUGCACGGCAUUACCAAGGCUUCACAGGGCUCCAAGUUCCUGGUGCUCGAGUACAUCGCUCCCUGGAUCGCCAACUUGGCCAAGCACGCGACCAAGCCGCCUGCCAGCGCGUCAGCCGAGUUGAUGAACCGCUACAAAAAGACCGUCAACAUAUUGGACAUCAUGAUUGAUCUGACCGUUCGCGAGAUGGCAUUGCGACCAUCCGUUCACGAGUGCAUUUGGUCCAACAUUGGCAAGCAGAGCGACGUCCUGAUCGGCCUGGCGCUCAGUCGCUGUGCCCGCAAGUAUCCCGAGCCCAAGCACACGGAUGCCGUCGGUGAGAUGAUCACUUCAAUCUCAUACUCGGCACCCAAGACCACAAGCGGUCGUCUGAUCGCGCGUCUGUUGCGCCUGCUCGAGAAGACCUCACAACAGCCAGUGGUGAGUGGAGGCAACCUGUCAGAGCAUCCCCUGUGGAGCAAGAUUGCGACCUACCUCCGUCUUCUCCAGUACGUGACAUUCGACAAUGCCGAGUGCGCUCAAUUGUACUUGCCCGAGAUACUCUAUCUUGGCACCAGUCUGUUCUGCGUUGGCUCGGCCCUGGUCCGUCUAGCCGUGUACAAUAUCCUGAUCAACACCUUGCACUCACUCUACAACUCGCUCGUGUCGAAUGAUGGACGUCUCGCAUCCAUCCCCUUCCUUAUCUCACAGCUUGGCGAACAAAAGUUCCUCAUCCUCUUUGGCAUCCACACUACCGACGCCACAAGUGCCACCAGUGGCAGCGGCAACGUUGCCCAUCAUAGUGCUCAGGGCUCACAUCAUGGUGCAUCUCAUGGACAUGGCCCUACACAUGGCUCACAUCAUGGACCGACUCAUGGUACAUCUCAUGGACAUGGUGCUGGAAGCAGCUCCACCACUAACCUUGAUUGGAUCAAGACUGAUAUGGAGAAGAUGCCAGUGUCCAAUGUGGACCCAAUUGUAAAGAUGUUGUUCUCAAUACUCAAGGUGUUCUUGGACAAUGGAUAUGAUGGCUCGAAACAGUGGCACCUGCGUUGGACACACCUGGCAGUGCGCUCCGCAGUCGCCAACAACCCGCCAGUGCAAAGCCGCUCGUUGAUCACAGUGGGCAACAUCAUCAAGGCUGGCCAGUUCAAGGAGAAGAACAUAAAGGAUGUGGUGGGAGUGUUGGCACAGACGGCCAAGUCGCCCAACGCACUUGUCACCCAUUCCGAUAUGGUGUACUGCGGUCUGCACGCACUGAGCAACCUGCAGAUGUACCUGACGGCCAAGUCCAAGGUGCUGCCCUCUCUCCUGUGGGUGGCCAUACUCUUCAUGCAGGUGUAUGACGUUCGCAUCUACUCUGUGGCAGUCACGCUCCUCGAGACAAUCAUCAAGACAAUGGAUGAGUAUGAGCUGUUUGGUGGCGAGGACAAUGUUCAUCAGACGCUACUGGCGGCCAAGUCAGACUGCGCACCUAUCAUCGACCGAGUGUGCCAGGUCUCAGGCACAAGCUUCGACAACAACAUGUCGUUCGCAUUGGCUACACACUGUCUCAAGGGACUCAAGAACGCGUCGACCAAGGAGAUCACAAUGCGCCUGCUCAACACACUACUCUUGGUGAUGGCCAAGAAGGCCUCGACGACAAACAACGCCACGCUCGGAUACAUCACGGCAUUGAUGUUAUUUGAGGGCGAGCUACCAGCAUCGGCCAGCAACACGGAAGGACAUCUACUGUUCAACUCACAGACAUUGGUCGAUGGCAAUCACGAGCACCUGUUGAUCAGCUUCCUGGUGACAGUCCUGCUCAACACAGAUCGCGAGCCCGAACAACAGCUGGUCUUUGACAUCCUGCGCGAGGGUAUCAAGUACAAUGCACAGCUGUUCACCACCGUAUACUCUUUGCUCGUUCCAAGACUAUCCAGUGUGAUUGGAAGUUGUGACAAUCACAAGAUUGUCGAGAAUGCACUGUACAUCGUCGAUCAAAUGAACUCUGUACACUCUACCAUGCCAACACGUGCCAUGGCCAACACCUCAAACGACAAACAACAAUCAAUCAUUGCACAACACCUUCAAAAGAUUGGAUUCCAAGGUGUCCUAGACAGUGGACCUGGAUUCAAUAGACCAUCAACAAUGACAUUGAAUCAAUCAAUACUUAAGAAUUGUGCAGAGUUGUUGGAACAUGUCUGCAAGACCAAGUUCACACUUGUAGAGCCAUUGAAUAGUGAGGACAAUGCAAUUGUAUCUAUUCUGGAUGAUAUCCUAUCCGAUGAUGAAUGA